AUGGUGGGCUGGUACUCCCUCGGAGUCGCCUUAUUCGCCGCCAUUGGCACAUUUCUAUUCGGGUUUGAUACCGGCAUUGCUACAACCACCAUCGCCCACGAAAGCUGGAUCGUUUAUAUGAACCACCCCUCCAAUGGCCUCACCGGUGCCGUCGUCGCCGUGUACAUCGCGGGUGAAGCCGUUGGCGCCAUAGGACAAAGCUUUCUCGGUGACCGACUCGGCCGCAUCCGCUUCAUGCAGCUCCUCUGCAUCAUCGUGACGAUCGGGACCACCAUCCAAACCGCCUCCGUCAACAUCGGGAUGUUCCUGGCUGGGCGCGCGAUCGCCGGCGUCGCGGUCGGCGCCAUGGUCGCAACCGUCCCCAUCUACCUGAGCGAGAUCUCUGCGCCGCAACACCGGGGUCUCAUCGGCGGCAUCUCAGGUUGCGGCAUCUCCUUCGGCACCAUGAUGUCCAACUGGGUCGGCUUCGCAUGCUCCUACGCCCCCUACGGCGCCGCCCAGUGGCGCCUACCCCUCGCCAUCCAGAUCCCCUGGGGCAUCAUCAUGUUCGCGGGGCUCGCGACCUUCAUGCCGGGGUCGCCGCGACAACUCUUGCGUAGCGGGGACGUCGAGGGCGCGCGUCGCGAGUUCGCGAGAGUUCGGCGGGACUUACAACAGCACGAGGUGCACGAGGAGUUUGCGCUGAUGCACGCGCAGAUCGAGUUCGAGAUGGCGCGCGAGGUGAAGUCGUACCGGGAGAUCUUCCGCUUGUUCGGGCGCCGCGCUUUUGUGUCGAUCGCCGUCCAGACCAUGACCAGUCUCACGGGCAUCAACGUCAUCCAGUACUACCAGACCACCCUCUACAAGUCCCUGGGCAUCCCGCAGACGACGAUCCUCGCGCUCGCCGGCGUCUAUGGCACCGUCGCCUUCGUCUCCAACUGCGUCACCACGCGCUUCCUGACGGACCAGUGGGGCCGCCGCAAGAUGAUCCUCACAGGGAUGAGCGGGCUCGCGCUCGUAAUGGUGUACUCGGCCUUGAUGCAGCGGUUCUUCCAAAAUAGCGACAACGCCGUCGGCAAAGGUUUUGCCGUCCUGGGUAUUUAUCUGUACGUCGCGCUGUACUACGCUAUGAUCAACAGCACCACUUGGCUGUACGGCGCCGAGGUCCUGCCCAUCGACCUGCGCAGCAAGGUCAUGGGCUUCGCGGCCGCCAGCCACUUCGUCGUCAACGUCGGCAUCACGGAGGCCGGGCCCAGCGCGUUCGCGAACAUCCACGAGAACUAUUACUUUGUCUUUAUCGGGUGCACGCUGGUCUUCUUCAUCAUCGCGUACCGCUACUUCCCGGAGACGAGACACAAGACGCUGGAGGAGAUCGCGCAGGCGUUUGGCGAUAAGGUGGUGCUGGUGGAUGAGGGCCAGGUGAACAGGGAGAGGGAGCUGGCGGUGCUGGCGAUGGGGGAUGUGGAGAAUAAAGGCCAAGUGGCGGCUUCGACGAGCUCGUCGGCUCGGCCUAGUCAGGCUUCUUAG